AUGGCGAGAAAUGAGGCGAAGUUGGCAAUUUCGGCGGCUAAAAUCGCAGCCUUUGAAUGCCUUUAUGCAGAACUAGAGGACAGAGGUGGGGAUAAGAAGCUAUUUAAGCUCUCCAAGGCGAGAGAGAGGAAGGCACGCGACUUGGAUCAAGUGAAGUGCAUCAAGGACGAGGAUGGCCAAGUGUUGGUACAGGAAACCCGUAUUAGACCGAGAUGGCAGUCAUACUUUCAUGAACUCUUGAACGAAGGAGGGGACAGAGACAUUGUGAUGGGAGACUUGGAGCACUCUGAUAGGCGUCGCGACUUUGGUUAUUGUAGGAGUAUAAAUUUUGAGGAGGUUAAGGGAGCUGUCCGUAGGUUGCGCAGGGGAAGAGCGACCGGACCUGACGAGAUUCCUGGGAAAUUUUGGAAGAAUGCAGGGUUGGCAGAGGCAGGUGUGUUACCCGCUGCUCCAGGUGCUCAGGGUGUGAGAGUAGGUAAUCCGGCUUUGGGCGAAGUUCGCACUCUGGGGUUACAGCAUGCUGCAGUUAUGGCUCCUCAUUUAGAUGAGGCUCCAGGACCAGAGGUAUUUCCUAGACCAGUGGAAAGUCCGGGGAUGAGCAUGAUUUGUUUUGGAGGUUCACUAAGAUGA